AUGGAUUUCGCGGCGUACGAGAACCGGGAAGGCGUCCGGAUGUCCUUCAACGCCUGGCCGUGUUCGCGAAUCGAAGCGACGCGAAUCGUCUUACCGACCGGCGCGCUCGUGACGCCAGGUAAAUCGAUUCCGGAAAUGCCGGUGUUACCGUACGAACCGGUGGUGUGCGAAGGGUGCCAAGGCGUUUUAAAUCCACACUGCAUGGUGGAUUACGCACGGAAAUCGUGGAGGUGUUGCUUGUGCGAUUGCAUGAACAACUUGCCGAGAAACUACCACGAAAUCAACCCGCAAAACUUACCCGCGGAGUUGUUCCCGACGUACACGACGGUGGAGUACACGAUGACGAAUAAAAACGUAAAAGCGCCGUGUUUUAUGAUCGUUUUGGAUACCGCGUGUCCGAGGGAGGAGUUGCAAGACGCGAAGGAUUCUAUCGGACAGCUGUUGGCGCUGUUGCCGGAGGAGUGUUACGUCGGGUUGAUUACGUUCGGAGCGACGGUGACGGUGCACGAGUUGAGCGGAACGAGCCCACUGCCGAGGAGUUACGUGCUGAGAGGGACGAAAGAUGUGACGCAAGAGAAAGUGAAGAAGUUGUUAGGUUUGGAAUUGACCGCUCAGGAAUACGCGACGUACGAUAAAAAUACCGGGAGUCAAGUGGCGAACGAGUUGAGCGCGAAGAGUCGGUUUUUGUUACCCGUGAGCGAAUGCGAGUUUGUUUUGAGCAAUAUUCUCGAGGAUCUACAACCGGAUUGUUUUCCGAGAGAGAAAGGUCAGAGACCGUAUCGAGCGACUGGGGCGGCUAUUGCGGUCGCGUCUGGGGUGUUGGCCGAAGCGCAUUCGGCGCAAGGCGCGAGGGUGAUGGUGUUCACCACCGGGCCAUGUACUGUUGGUCCCGGGACCAUCGUUGGGAGAGACGCGGAGGAAGAUUUGCGGUCGCACCGAGACCUGGAUAAAAACAGCGCGAAACAUUUUAAAGACGCGACGAAGUUUUACAAUUCCAUGGGCAUUCGUCUGGCGACGAGUUCGCACGCGUUGGACGUGUUCGCGUGUUCUUUAGAUCAAGUCGGUUUAGCGGAAAUGAAAUUAGCUGUGGACCAAACUGGUGGUCAAGUCAUCUUAGCUGAACAGUUUGGCGCGGAGAACUUCCGGAAAUCGUUGCGGAAAAUGUUCGCCAGAAGGGAAGAUGGAACCUUGGAAAUGCUUUUCAACGGUACAUUUAGCGCGUUUUGUACGCCGCACGUGAUGGUACAAGGCUGCAUAGGGCCUGUUUCCGCCUUAGCCGUAAAAUCAAAAUCAAUUAGCGAAAACGAAGUUGGAUUAGGACAAACGACGAGUUGGCGCAUGUGCGCGUUCACGCCGUCGACGAGCAUCGCGGUGUAUUACGAGAUUGUCAAUCAACAUUCGAACCCGUUGCCGCACGGGCAACCGUUUUAUUUACAGUUUUGUUGUCGGUACAAGUUGAGCACCGGGGAGAUUCGUCUGAGAUGUACGACCGUGGCGAGACGGUGGGUAGAAUCGAGCGCGGCGCCGGAAAUUAUAGGUGGAUUCGAUCAAGAAGCGUGCGCGGUGUUGAUGGCGCGAGUGGCCACGUUUCGAACCGAAAACGAAGAGGCGUUUGAUUUGUUGCGAUGGUUAGAUCGAACAUUGAUUCGAGCCGGAACGAAAUUCGGCGAAUAUAGAAAAGACGAACCGGAAACGUUUCGGUUACCACCAAAUGUCGCCAUAUACCCGCAGUUCAUGUUCAACUUGAGACGGUCGCCGUUCUUACAAACCGCGAACAACUCGCCGGAUGAAACCGCGUUUUAUCGAUUAGCGCUCGGACGCGAAUCGGUUUUGAAUUGUUUGCUCAUGAUUCAACCAACAUUGACGAUGUAUUCCAUGAACGGCCCUCCGCAGCCGACGAUGUUAGACGUCACUUCGAUCACUCCAGAUACGAUUUUGCUUUUAGACGGAUACUUCUUCGUCGUCGUGCACUCGGGGACGACUAUCGCGCAGUGGCGAAAAGCAAACUACCAAGAUUUGCCCGAUUACGCGCACUUCAAACAACUUCUCGCGCAGCCAGUUGGCGACGCGCAUCAAUUAGCCGAGUCGCGAUGCCCAACGCCUAGGUUGGUCGAGUGCGACCAAGGCGGCUCGCAGGCUCGCUUUUUGUUGGCGAAAUUGAAUCCGUCCAACACGCACCAGACGCAACAUCAAAGCGGUUGGGAGCAACAACAAAAUUUCGGAGGCGGCGAGAUCAUCUUCACGGACGAUAUAUCCUUGAGCGUAUUUAUGCAGCAUUUAGCAAAGUUGGCCGUGGCGAGUUGA